AAUCCUAAAUUGAUGACAAUUUAUUAAUAUGUUUUUUUUUUCAGUAGAGCACAUAUGAAUAAAUAAUUGAAUAUGAAUGAAGAUGCCAAUUGUGUGUAAGUUUUUUAAAAUAAUGGAGCUGGGCCGAUUUCUGAAGGGAAGAAAGGGCUUUAAGAUCCAAUCCAGCUCCCGGCCGAGAAAUGGACCAUACAGUGAACGAAGCCCAAUCAGACAAAGAAGAGAAAAGAUCGGAAAAGAGAGAGAUUCAUGCCCAAACCCCGAAUAUUCGUGUUCCGCAAUUAGGGUUUGGUUGUCCGGAUAGCAGUCCUAUAUAAACCUCCGUAUUCCCAGAGUUUUUGUAGACAUCAUCAUCUCUUGCAAAGCCCCGCAGCUUAAGUGACAACCAGCAAGAGAUUUACCAAUCAAAGAUGGCGGAGCAAACUUUCAUCAUGAUCAAGCCCGAUGGAGUCCAGAGGGGACUUGUUGGCGAAAUCAUCAGCAGAUUUGAGAAAAAGGGUUUCUUUCUCAAGGGUUUGAAGCUGAUUUCUGUGGAUCGCUCGUUUGCUGAGAGGCACUAUUCGGACCUGUCUGCCAAGCCAUUCUUCAGCGGGCUUGUAGAUUACAUCAUCUCUGGCCCUGUUGUUGCUAUGGUUUGGGAGGGUAAGAAUGUUGUUACAACUGGCCGCAAGAUCAUUGGCGCCACAAAUCCUGCCGAGUCUGCUCCUGGGACCAUCCGUGGCGAUUUUGCAAUUGACAUUGGCAGGAACGUCAUUCAUGGAAGCGAUUCAGUUGAGAGUGGAAGGAAGGAGAUAGCAUUGUGGUUUCCUGAAGGCCCCAUUGCCUGGUCAAGCAGCGUGCACCCAUGGAUCUAUGAGAAUUAAAGUGAUUGCAGCAAUGGCACCCUCUACUCUAGUGAACUAGUUCCUUCUUCCCUUUGUCGAGCAACUUUUUUUAAGAACAUUUGGUACUGUGUGGCUUGAUUUUGUUUACGAGCAUGACCUUUUGAUGAAACAUUUAAGUAGCGUCUUUUGUUUUGGUCUUUGGGUUGAAACUUUUGCUUAUAUGGUACUGUUCAGUUCUGAAUUGGAUGUUAAACUAGUGUCUCUUUUAUAAAGACUAGCUUUGUGCCCGGCCUUUCCCCUGAUCUACUAUGUUAUAGUCACUUACAUGAUAGUUAGAUUUAUCUAAGUUAAUGGUAAGCUAACGUGAUGAACAUGAAAGCAGUUCUAGUUACUUACAUGGAUAUCUAGGUACGGAUAAUGUAUGUCAUUGUCAACAUAAAAAUUGCAUUGUUUGGAGAUGUUUGGAAGCGGGUGGCAUUAUAGGCCUGCCAUGGCAAGUCGCUUCGUGAUGGUGUCACCUGAUUUGGGUUAUAACCAGAGUACGCUUGCAGUUUUGGUCACUCAAUAUAUAAGUUAUGAUAAGUUGCGUUAAUGUAUUGCCCAUUUUUGAGUCUCCAGUGGUAGAGCAGUAGUGAUGAAUGCCUGGAUCAAGGGAGGGUUAUUUGGUUUAGGAAAAUGGUGGAUGGUAUGGUGGUGGACUGGUGCGGGUAAGAUGGGAAGUGGGGUUAGGGGUGUUCAAAUGGUUACCGUGGUAAUAACCAAACCAAUUAAACCUAAAUUUCAUU